AUGGGUGUUUUUGAUUCUCAUAAAAGCUUUGGUAAAGCAAUACUUUAUACAUGUUCUGCAGAAUCAAAGGAUUUUUUCAAAGUAUACGAGUCAUCAGAUGACAAGAACGUGAUACUUUCUCCUCUUGGCGUGUUUACGCUAUUGUUGCUUUACGCAUUUGGCGCUGAGGGCCAAGUCGCAGAUGAGAUAGUCGAGUUCCUUGGAGCUGCAAAUAAAAGACAUCUUACAGAUUCUUACAGAAAACUGAGCAGAGAAUUGAGUAGUAUGGAUCCCGAUCUACUGGCUUUUUCAGAUAAUGUGUAUAUCGAUAACCAAUAUAGUUUAAACAACAGCUUCAUUUUGAAUGCAUACUCAUACAAUAGCGAAGCGGAUAUUAUUGAUUUUCGCAACCCAAAAUCCGCUGCCAAAACUAUAAAUGAAUGGGUAUCCACCAAAACUAAAGGGAAAAUCAAUGAAAUAGUGUCUGAAGAUGAUAUUACGUACGAUCUAGUUGUUGGUCUUUAUAACGUUAUAUUCUUCAAGGGCCACUGGGCUGUUCCGUUCGACGAAAGUGAGACCAGAGAGCAUUGUUUCUUAACAGACGACUUUCAACUUAUAAAGAAACCCAUGAUGCAUCUUCUAAAAUCAUUGGAUUAUUUUGAAGAUGAAGGAGCCGGUGUAAGGAUGAUACAACUGCCCUACAAAGAAUCUAAGUUUAAAAUGGUAGUGGUACUUCCUAGUCAUCUGAAUGGUCUAUCGAUGGUGUUGAGGCAGAUUUCGGAAACGGGACUAUUGCAUUAUGUUAAUCGAAUGAACCAUUCAGAAAUUGUAAUAAACUUACAUCUUCCUAGAUUUGAAAUAAAAUCCGAACACGAUCUUAAAAAUAUCCUCCCUAAGGUAGGCAUAUCCAGUAUCUUCCAUGGAGAUGCAUAUGGUGUAGUAAAUGAAGCCCCUGUGUCGGUAGACAAAGCUUUCCAACAAGCUUUCGUAGUAGUGGAUGAAAAGGGCUCCACCGCCGGUGCAGCUACAGGUUUGCAUAUUACAUAUACAUCUUUGACGCCUACAAUCCCCUUCAAAGUGGACCGUCCGUUCUUAUUUGCGAUCCUAUACGACGACAUCGUAUUAGUCGCUGGGACUCUCUCUCAU